CCCCAGUAUCCGGGGCCUAGUUCCGGUCUUUGGCUGGGCGGGGAGUGGUGUCGCCUAGCAGCGGCCGCCGCUUGGGCUCGUUCGGGAAGAAGUGUUUGGCGGGAGCGGGAGUGCGCGAGGACACCUCUUUGGAAGAGGCGCCCGGGCGGCGUCCGAACCCGCGGUGGCGGUCUGUGUAGAUGAGCGACUGCCGCAGGUUGCAAGGCUGGGUGUAGGAGCUGAAAGGCGGCGAAAGAAUUCAAGAUGCCACCCAACAUAAACUGGAAAGAGUUAAUCAAGGUUGACCCAGAUGACCUACCACGCCAAGAAGAGCUGGCAGAUAAUUUAUUGAUUUCCUUAUCCAAGGUGGAAGUAAACGAACUAAAAGAUGAAGAACAAGAAAAUGUGAUACAUCUAUUUAGAAUUACUCAGUCAUUAAUGAAGAUGAAAGCUCAAGAAGUCGAGCUAGCUUUGGAAGAAGUCGAAAAGGCUGGAGAAGAACAAGCAAAAUUUGAAAAUCAAUUAAAGACAAAAGUAAUGAAACUGGAAAAUGAACUGGAGAUGGCCCAGCAUUCUGCAGGUGGACGUGAUACUCGGUUUUUACGUGAUGAGAUUCGCCAACUUGAAAAGCAAUUGGAACAGAAAGAUAGAGAAUUAGAGGAUAUGGAAAAAGAGCUGGAUAAAGAGAAAAAAGUUAAUGAACAAUUGGCUCUUCGAAACGAGGAGGCAGAAAAUGAAAACAGCAAAUUAAGAAGAGAGAAUGAACAGCUUCGUCAGGACAUUAUUGACUACCAGAAACAAAUAGAUUCACAGAAAGAGUCACUUCUGUCAAGGAGAGGAGAAGACAGCGACUACCGGUCACAGCUGUCUAAAAAGAACUAUGAACUUGUUCAAUAUUUGGAUGAAAUUCAGACAUUAACGGAAGCUAAUGAGAAAAUUGAAGUUCAGAACCAAGAAAUGAGAAAAAAUCUAGAAGAGUCUGUCCAGGAAAUGGAGAAGAUGACUGAUGAGUAUAACAGAAUGAAGGCUCUUGUGCACCAGACAGACACUGCCAUGGACCAGAUAAAGAAGGAGAAUGCACACUUCCGACUUCAAGUGCGAGAGCUCACAGAUCUUCUGAAAGCAAAAGAUGAAGAAGAUGAUCCAGUCAUGAUGGCUGUCAAUGCAAAAGUGGAAGAAUGGAAGUUAAUUUUGUCUUCUAAAGAUGAUGAAAUCAUUGAAUAUCAGCAAAUGUUACAUAAUCUGAGAGAGAAACUUAAAAAUGCCCAACUUGAUGCUGAUAAAAGUAACAUUAUGGCUCUGAAACAGGGUAUCCAGGAACGAGACAAUCAAAUUAAGUUGCUUACUGAACAGGUAGAACAGUACACGAAAGAAAUGGAAAAAAAUACUUUUAUUAUUGAAGAUUUGAAAAAUGAGAUCAAGAAAGACAAAGGUACUUCAAACUUUAAUCAACAGACUCAUUAUAUGAAAAUUCACUCAAAAGUACAAAGUCUAGAAGAGAAAGCUAAAGAAGCUGAGAGAAUAGCUGAACUGGCUGAGGCUGAUGCCAGGGAGAAGGAUAAAGACUUGGCUGAAGCUUUGAAGAAAUUAAAAGAUUAUGAAUCUGGUGUAUAUGGCUUAGAGGAUGCUGUUAUUGAAAUAAAGAAUUGUAAAGCCCAAAUUAAAAUAAGAGAUGGAGAGAUUGAAGUAUUGACCAAGGAAAUCAAUAAACUUGAAAUGAAGAUCAAUGAUGUCCUUGAUGAAAACGAAGCCCUUAGGGAACAGGCUGGCCUUGAACCAAACACAAUGAUUGAUUUGACUGAAUUUAGAAACAGUAAACGCUUAAAACAGCAGCAGUACAGAGCUGAAAACCAGAUACUUUUGAAAGAGAUUGAAAGUCUCGAGGAAGAACGACUUGAUUUGAAAAGGAAAAUUCGCCAGAUGGCUCAAGAAAGAGGAAAAAGAAAUGCAGCUUCAGGAUUAACCAUGGAAGAUUCAAACCUAACUGAAAAGUUUUCUCAGGAAGAUAAAAUAGGAGAAAGACAACUAAAUUUUAUGAGUCUCAAAAGCAUGAAUGAAGCACAAUCAAAGAUUAAGAGUUCAGCUACAGUAGAGCUGCUGCCUAGGAGACCAUCUUUCAGUAUUCUGCGAUCAGAUCAGAAUGAGACAGAGGAGAAUAUGAUCGUACAGUCAUUAUCGAGAAUGCUGCCUGGAAUUCAUCGUAGCGUAGAAAGUGGAGUGCAUCCUAUGGUCUCUUUAACUAGAGGUUCCUCAUUUUUGCAAAUGAAAGAUGAUACUACAGCUCCAGAAGCUAUUACAAUAAGGGAGAUUUUUAAAGCACCAUGUCUGCAGUCUUUGAGAAAUCUAGAAUCGUUAGUCAGCGCGCUUAGUAAAGAGAGCAGUAAAGAGAUAAGUGAUUACCUAUGCUCUCUUUCCGAGGAGUGUAUGAAGAAAGGGUCAGGAAGCCAGCAAGCUCUAGAGGAAACCAUAUUCUUAGAGAAAAGCAGUUCGUCAUUUCAAGCAUCACCAAGAGCUUCAGAAUUAAUGCAGAAAUUAUCACAUGGGCAAAAGUCCGUAGUAUUUUGUCAACAAUCGUAUGACCAUGGUAUGGAAAAAGUAACAUCAGAAGAUGAACAGGUCCUUUAUGAAGUAAAGUGUGCUGAGCUCAGUUUAAAAGACGGUAAAAGACAGAGUGAAUCACCCUCACAGACUGGGAAGUUGAGAAGUGCAGAUCCUGUGCCUGUUACCGCACAGCCCCGAUCACCUCAGCCAGAUCCCCUUGAAAAUCUUAUAGAACAGCUCCAGAAGGAGCUGGUAUUCCUUAGAGUGCAGAAUGCAACUAUAGCACAGGAUUUAUCAAUCCAAGAAGAGCAGAGUAGAAAUGCAGAAAUAGAACUUGACCAUCAGAGAAGCCAGGCAGAACAGAAUGAAUUUCUUUCAAGAGAACUAAUUGAAAAGGAAAGAGACUUAGAAAGAAGUAGGACAGUAAUUGCCAAAUUUCAGAAUAAAUUAAAAGAAUUAGUUGAAGAAAAUAAGCAACUUGAAGAAGGCAUGAAGGAAAUUUUGCAGGCUGUUAAGGACAUGCAGAAGGACCCUGAUGUGAAGGGAGGUGAAACAUCUCUAAUCAUCCCCAGUCUGGAAAGACUGGUUAAUGCUAUAGAAUCAAAGAAUGCAGAAGGAAUCUUUGAUGCCAGUUUGCAUUUGAAAGCCCAAGUUGAUCAACUUACAGGAAGGAAUGAAGAAUUAAGGCAAGAACUCAGGGAAUCUCGGAAAGAGGCUAUAAAUUAUUCUCAGCAACUGGUAAAAGCAAACUUAAAGAUUGAUCAUCUUGAGAAAGAGACUGAUCUUCUCCGCCAGUCUGCAGGAGCCAAUGUAGUUUACAGAGGUGUAGACCUGCCUGAUGGGAUAGCGCCAUCGAGUGCCCAUAUCAUCAAUUCCCAGAAUGAAUACUUAAUACAUCUUUUGCAGGAUCUAGACAAUAAAGAAAAGAAGUUAAAACAUUUAGAAGAUUCUCUUGAAGAUUAUAACAGAAAAUUUGCAGUAAUUCGUCAUCAACAAAGUUUAUUAUAUAAAGAAUAUCUAAGUGAAAAGGAGACUUGGAAAACAGAGUCUGAGACAAGCAAAGAGGAGAAGAGAAAACUUGAGGACCAAGUCCAGCAGGAUGCUGUGAGAGUGAAGGAGUACAAUAAUCUGCUCAGUGCCCUUCAGAUGGAUUCAAAUGAGAUGAAGAAAAUGCUUUCGGAAAACAGUAGGAAAAUCACCGUUUUGCAAGUGAAUGAGAAGUCCCUCAUAAGGCAGUAUACAACCCUGGUGGAAAUGGAGCGGCAGCUUAGGAAAGAAAACGGGAAGCACAAGAAUGACUUAGUAUCAAUGGAAGCUGAAGUUACUGAAAAAAUUGGAAGUUUGCAAAGAUUUAAGGAAAUGGCUACCUUCAAAAUUGCAGCUCUCCAGAAAGUUGUAGAUAAUAGUGUCUCUUUGUCUGAACUUGAACUUGCCAAUAAGCAAUACAAUGAACUAACUACUAAGUACAGGGACAUACUGCAGAAAGAUAACAUGCUUGUUCAGAGAACAAGUAACUUAGAACACCUGGAGUGUGAAAACGCAUCUUUAAAAGAACAAAUGGAUACAAUAAGUAAAGAGCUAGAGAUUACAAAGGAGAAGCUGCACACCAUUGAACAAGCCUGGGAACAAGAAAUUAAAUUAGGAAAUGAAUCAAACAUGGAUAAGGCAAGAAAAUCAAUGACGAAUAGUGACAUUGUUUCUAUUUCAAAAAAAAUCACUGUGUUGGAGAUGAAGGAAUUAAAUGAAAGGCAGAGAGCUGAACACUGUCAGAAAAUGUAUGAACACCUGAGGACCUCAGUAAAGCACAUGGAAGAACGGAAUUUUGAAUUGGAAACCAAAUUCACUGAGCUUACCAAAAUCAACCUGGAUGCCCAGAAGGUGGAGCAGAUGCUGAGAGACGAACUAGCUGAUAGUGUGAGCAAGGCCGUGAGCGAUGCUGAUAGACAGCGCAUUCUCGAGUUAGAGAAGAAGGAGGUGGAGCUCAAAGUUGAAGUGUCUAAACUGAGAGAGAUUUCUGAUAUUGCCAAAAGACAAGUUGAGUUUUUGAAUACGCAGCAACAGUCCAGGGAAAAGGAAGUGGAAUCCCUCAGAAUGCAGCUUCUGGACUACCAGGCACAAUCUGAUGAAAAGGCGCUAAUUGCCAAACUGCACCAACAUGUUGUCGCUCUUCAGAUUAGUGAGGCCACUGCCCUUGGUAAGUUGGAGUCGGUUACAUCUAAACUCCAGAAGAUGGAGGCCUACAAUUUGCGCCUAGAGCAGAAACUGGAUGAGAAAGAGCAGACCCUCUACUACGCUCGCCUGGAAGGCAGAAACAGAGCAAAACACCUGCGCCAAACUAUUCAGUCUCUGCGAAGACAGUUCAGUGGUGCCUUACCCCUGGCCCAGCAGGAAAAGUUCUCCAAAACGAUGAUUCAGCUGCAAAAUGACAAACUGAAGAUAAUGCAAGAAAUGAAAAGUUCUCAACAAGAACACAGAAAUAUGGAAAACAAAACACUGGAGAUGGAAUUAAAAUUAAAAGGCUUGGAAGAAUUGAUAAGCACUUUAAAGGAUGCCAGGGGAGCCCAAAAGGUAAUCAGUUGGCAUGUCAAGAUAGAAGAGCUUCGCCUUCAAGAACUUAAACUAAACAGAGAACUAGUCAAGGGCAAAGAAGAAAUCAAAUACUUGAAUAAUAUCAUCUCUGAAUAUGAGCAGACCAUCAGCAGUCUCGAGGAAGACAUUGUUCAGCAGAGCAAGUUUCACGAAGAAAGACAAAUGGCUUGGGAUCAAAGAGAAGUUGAGCUGGAACGCCAGCUAGACAUUUUUGACCGUCAGCAAAAUGAAAUACUCAGUGCAGCACAAAAGUUUGAAGAGGCUACAGGAUCAAUGCCAGACCCCAGCUUGCCCCUUCCAAACCAACUUGAAAUAGCUCUAAGAAAAAUUAAGGAGAAUAUUCGAACAAUUUUUAAAACACAAGCAACUUGCAAGUCACUAGAAGAGAAGCUGCAAGAAAAAGAAUCUGCUUUACGGUUGGCAGAGCAAAAUAUUCUGUCAAGAGACAAAGUAAUCAAUGAACUGAGGCUCCGAUUGCCUGCCACAGCUGAUCGAGAGAAACUUAUAGCUCAGCUUGACAGAAAAGAGCUGGAACCAAAGUCUCAGCACACAAUGAAAAUCGCCCAACAAACCAUUGCUAACAUGCAGGCAAGGUUGAAUCAGAAGGAAGAAGUCCUGAAGAAAUACCAGCAUCUUCUGGAAAAAGCCAGAGAGGAGCAAAGAGAAAUUGUUAAGAAGCACGAGGAAGACCUUCAUGUCCUUCAUCAUAAAUUAGAACUACAGGCUGAGAAUUCACUCAAUAAAUUCAAGCAGACAGCCCAGGAUUUACUAAACCAGUCUCCUGGUUCAGUACCUACCAACAAGCAUUUCAUCCGUCUGGCCGAGAUGGAGCAGACAGUAGCAGAACAAGAUGACUCUCUGGCCUCACUUCUUACCAAACUAAAGAAAGUAUCAAAAGAUUUGGAAAGACAGAAAGAAAUUACUGAGUUAAAAGUCAGAGAAUUUGAAAACAUCAAAUUACGGCUCCAGGAGAACCAUGCAGGGGAGGUGAAGAAGGCGCAGGCAGAAGCGGAGGACUUAAGGCGUGCUCUUGUCCAGGCACAGAAGGAGGCUCACAGUUUGAAGUCUGAACUCCAGGCUCAGAAAGAAGCAAACUCAAGAGCUCCCACAACCACAAUGAGGAAUCUAGUGGACAGGCUAAAGAGCCAACUGGCCUUGAAGGAGAAGCAACAAAAGGCACUUAGUCGAGCCCUGUUGGAACUCCGGGCCGAAAUGACAGCUGCAGCUGAAGAACGUGUUAUUGCUGUAACUUCUCAGAAAGAGGCAAAUCUCAAUGUUCAGCAGGUUGUUGAUCGACACACUAGAGAGCUAAAGUCACAAAUUGAAGAUUUAAAUGAAAAUCUUGUAAAAUUAAAAGAAGCUCUUAAAACAAGUAAAAACAAAGAAAAUUCUCUAGCUGACGACUUAAAUGAUUUAAAUAAUGAACUGCAAAAGAAGCAAAAAGCUUAUAAUAAAAUCCUUAGAGAGAAAGAUGGAAUUGAUCAAGAAAAUGACGAAUUGAGAAGACAGAUUAAAAGACUGUCCAGUGGGCUACAGAGCAAACCUCUGCUAGAUAAUAAGCAAAGUUUAAUUGAUGAACUUCAAAAAAAAGUUAAAAAACUUGAAAGCCAACUGGAGAGAAAGAUGGAUGACGUCGACAUAAAACCAGUGAAGGAAAAGAGUGCUAGAGAAGAAUUAAUUAGGUGGGAAGAAGGUAAAAAAUGGCAAACCAAAGUAGAGGGGAUGCGCAGCAAAUUAAAAGAGAAAGAAGGGGAAGUCCACAGUCUAACGAAGCAGCUGACUACUUUGAAGGAGCUUUUUGCCAAAGCUGAUAAAGAGAAACUUACAUUGCAGAAGAAACUGAAAACAACAGGCAUGACUGUUGAUCAGGUUUUAGGAGUGCGAGCCUUGGAGUCGGAGAAAGAGCUGGAAGAGUUAAAAAAGAGAAAUGUGGACUUAGAGAAUGACCUGCUACACAUGAGGACCCACCAAGCUCUUCCACGAGAUUCUGUUGUGGAAGACUUACAUUUACAAAAUAAAUACCUUCAAGAAAAACUUCGUACUUUAGAAAAACAGCUUUCCAAGGAUGCAUACCCUCAGUCUUUGACUUCAGAAGUAGAGUCAGAUGACCGUUCUCAGAAAGAACAAGAGCUGCUGAAAGAAAACUUGAAGUUGUCAUCUGAAAAUAUUGAGCUGAAAUUUCAACUUGAACAAGCAAAUAAAGAUUUGCCAAGACUAAAGAAUCAAGUAAGAGAUUUGAAGGAAAUGUGUGAAUUUCUUAAGAAAGGAAAAAUGGAAGUGGAGCGGAAACUUGGUCAGGUCAGAGGGUCUGGAAGAAGUGGAAAGACAAUUCCAGAGCUAGAAAAAACUAUUGGGUUAAUGAAGAAAGUAGUUGAAAAAGUCCAAAGAGAAAACGAACAAUUGAAAAAAGCAUCAGGAAUAAUGACUAGUGAAAAAAUGACUAAUCUUGAAGAAGAAAAUGAAAAAUUAAAGACUGAGUUAGAAAAGCUUAAAGCUCACUUUGGACACCAGUUGAGUUUACAAUAUGAAUCCAAGAACAAAGGCACCGAGAAAAUUGUUGCCGAAAAUGAACGGCUUCGGAAAGAACUUAAGAAAGAAAUGGAAGCUUCCGAGAAACUGCGGAUAGCUAAGCACAGCCUAGAGCUGGUCAAUGACAAGAUGGCAGUUCAGCUCGAAGAGACGGCCAAGAGAUUACAGUUUGCAGAAAAGAGAGGGCCGCAGCUGGAAGGCGCCGACAGCAAGAGCUGGAAAUCCAUUGUGGUUACGAGAAUGUAUGAGACCAAGAUGAAAGAGUUCGAAAGUGAUAUUGCCAAAAAGAAUCAAAGUAUAAUUGACCUUAAACAGCUUGUACGAGAAGCAACAGAGAGAGAACAGAAAGCUAAGAAAUACACGGAAGAUCUUGAACAACAGAUUGAGAUGCUCAAAAAUGUUCCCGAAGGUGUGGAGACAGAUGAAGGGCUUAUGCAGGAACUCCAGCGCCUUAGAUUAACCAGUAGUCAGCUGGAAAAAGAAAAGGCAGAAUUAAUCAAUCAGAUAGAAGCUAACAAGGACCGAACUGGAGCUGGAAGCAGCACACCUGAUUCUGAUCAACUAAAGGAAAAGAUAAGCGACCUGGAGACACAGCUCGGAAAGUCAGACCUAGACAAGCAACAUCUGAUGGAGGAAAUUAUAAAGCUGAAAAAAGAACUGGAAAAUUUUGAUCCUUCGUUCUUUGAAGAAAUUGAAGACCUGAAGUACAACUAUAAGGAAGAAGUGAAGAAGAAUAUUUUAUUAGAAGAGAAGUUAAAAAAGCUUUCUGAGCAGUUUGGAUUUGAAUUACCUAGCCCUGUUGCUGCUUCUGAACAGACGGAAGAUAGAGAAAGUCCUAAUAAUUUCCCUGUUUAUUAAAGACCACAUUUAACUGUAGAUUUGAAAUUAUUUUGUAAGUUAAAAAAUUUCAGCUGGAAACCAAGCAGUCUCUGAACUACAAAACUCACCUCUCAAAAUACUGUAUUUUUGCUUAAAGUCAUGUUUAGUUUUAACUUGGUAGAAAAGUAUAUUUUUGAAGAUAUGAAUUAUUUAUUGCUAUCCAAUGUACAGUGAGCUAUGAUUUUCCUAUUUUUAUAAUGUCUUAAAUUUUCUAAAAGCAUAAAGAUGAGCUUCUAACAAUUUUACCAUUAAAACUGAGGUCUCAGAUGUAAUUAGUUUAUAGUUUGUCUUAAGAUAUUCAAAUCCUUUGAUUUUUGAUAAACACAGAUACAUAAAUGUUUAUAAGUUAUAACAUUUUGCCAAAUAGCUAGCAAAAUUAAAUAGAACCUUGAGUUAUUUUAUCUUAUGUAAACAUAUCAGACUCUUCAAUAUUAGAAAACUGCAAUAAUCCCAACUAUAUUUACAUUUUAUACAUCAAAUAUUAUAUCUUUGAGCCUAUCAAAUUUCUGUUUAUCUAUUUUUGAAAACUGACUAAACAAACACUCUUUAUCAAAAGCAUAGCCAUAUUUGUUUAGGUUCAUGUUAAUAGUAACUGGUUUGGAGUUCAUGUAAGUAUCUGGAAGAGGCCAGCAUAAACCAAGAUGAUGGCGGUGGACCUGUAAGGAGGAAAAAGUGGCAUUAGCUUUAGUCUGUAAAUAGAAUCUUAAUAUACCUGUAAAUACUUACUUUGGGUGCCUGCUACAGGUACAAUGUAAGGUCUACCGUAUAUUACUCCUAUUUUAACUGUCAUAGCUGUUCUUUUGACAUAGUGCUGUCUGUCUUCCCCUUUAGAAUAUGAAUUUUCCUGGAGGCAGAACAUUGUUUUGUUAACUCUGCCAGUACCUGAAAAUGCCAGGAACAUAAUCAAGGGCUCCUUCAAAAUUUAAUGGAUAUAAUAAUUCUGUUGGUGAAUACAGAAAAAAGAAAAGAAAAAUGUGAGCCAGAAUCUAGCGCUCCCAAAAGGAGUAAGUGGUAGCUGGUUAGGACAUUAUUGUGUAGCUGUUUCCGCCACAUUAAAAUGUCCCCUCUGGAGGGAGGCUCUUUAAGACGCUCCGUAAGUUUGCAGUAGCACUACCACAGGACAGCCAGCUACCCAGGAUGUGCGGGGAGUUCCCAGGAUGCUGCUUUUGUGAGUCAUCACUCUGGCUGGGGAGGGCUUGAGUGAUUGAUAGUGAUUGAUCCUUAUCGAUCCUCCUGCUUCUGGGUCCUCCGUGCUCCUUGUAAGCAGCUCCUUCCCAGAUUCCUGUAAUCCCAACAAAGCCGGGGGCUCACUAAGGUCCACUAAGGAAUCCUUUCUUUGGUCUGUCUUCAGCACGUUAUCUGUGGCAAGUGACUGAGUGUUCCUAUCUCCCCGGGACUACAGCACAGUCACACGACAGACAGACAAUUAUGUUUUCAUAGAUGGUAAUGAAAAGCAGUUAGGGGAGUUAAGAAGGGGCCAUACCAUGGGAAGGCUCAACAUACCUAGCAGCAUUAUGUAGAAGAAAUAAUGUUCAUUUGUGAAGAAUGAGCACAAUGGGGUAGACGUGAACGAUGAAUGCUUUAGGGAGGGCAAUGUAGUAGUAACUAAAGCAGGACUCCUGGCCUAAAUUACAAUGAGCACCUAGCUGAGUGUAAAGAGAUUCAGUAGAUUAGACUUCUCAAGAACUGAACAACUGGACGCAUGAAGUAAUGGGGGAGGAAGGCUUAAAAAUAAUGAAUUCAGGUUUCUAAUUUCAGUGAAUAUGUGGAGCCAGGAGUCCUAAGAAGAGAUUCAGCUUUGAAUGUUAUGAAUUUCAUGUACCAGGGAGAAACAGACACGUCCAGGGAAAAGGGCACAAAGCACAAGACAGUUCCUGCUGUGUAAGCUACUACUUUGCACGUUUUUACUGAACUCCCUACUAAGUUAGUACAGGAAAUGCUGAGUGAAAGUAGGCUCCGAACAUCUCAGAGAACACAGUGGGCCCCAGGAAGCCCCAGGAGGGGAACGCAUUAUCACUCUAACUCCAAAGCACAUCCCGGAUAGCCAGUGCCCGGCCAAACACCACCACUGUAUACAGUGCUGUCUGCCCUUCCCAUCAACUCAGUUCUGUUUUAGCCCAUAAGAACUAUAGGGAAUUAUACUAACUGCAUGCCAGAAUGAAUAAAGUCUGUCCAGAGAGUCUGA